AUGGGCACUGUCAAGGAGCACCUGCUUUGCUGCAGCAUCUUGCAGAGUAGGGUAGGAAAGGCUGGGAGAGAAGAAGAAGAUGGCGGUCUUGAAGGCUUCGAUGACUUUUUCCCUACUGAGCCUGUGAGCCUCCCCAAGAAGAAGAAAGCGAAGAAGCUGAAGGACAGCAAGUCCAAGGGGAAGCGGAAGAAGAAAGAGGGGAGCAAUGACGAGCUGUCGGACAACGACGAGGAUCAGGAGGAGAAGUCAGAGAGUGAAGGGAGCGACUACUCUCCUAACAAGAAGAAGAAGAAGAAACUCAAGGACAAGAAGGAGAAAAAAGCCAAGCGGAAAAAGAAGGACGAAGAUGAGGAUGACAAUGACGAUGGAUGCUUAAAGGAGCCCAAGUCCUCGGGGCAGCUUAUGGCCGAGUGGGGCCUCGACGAUGUGGACUACCUGUUCUCAGAGGAGGACUACCACACACUGACCAACUACAAGGCCUUCAGCCAGUUCCUCCGGCCGCUCAUUGCCAAGAAGAACCCGAAGAUCCCCAUGUCCAAAAUGAUGACUGUCUUGGGGGCCAAGUGGCGGGAAUUCAGCGCCAACAACCCCUUCAAGGGCAGCUCUGCGGUGGCGGCGGCGGCGGCCGUGGCGGCGGCUGUAGAGACGGUCACCAUCGCACCACCACUGGCCAUCAGCCCGCAGCAGGUGCCCCAGCCUGUGCCCAUCCGCAAGGCCAAGACCAAAGAGGGCAAAGGGCCUGGAGUGAGGAAGAAGAUCAAAGGCUCCAAAGAUGGGAAGAAGAAGGGGAAGGGCAAGAAGGUGGCUGGGCUCAAGUUCCGCUUCGGAGGGAUCAGCAACAAGAGGAAGAAAGGCUCCUCGAGUGAGGAGGACGAGCGGGAGGAGUCGGACUUGGACAGUGCCAGCGUCCACAGCUCCUCCGUGCGCUCUGAGUGCUCUGCAGCCCUGGGCAAGAGGAGCAAGAGGAGGCGCAAGAAGAAGCGGAUUGAUGAUGGUGACGGCUAUGAGACGGACCACCAGGAUUACUGCGAAGUGUGCCAGCAGGGCGGGGAGAUCAUCCUGUGCGACACCUGCCCGCGGGCCUACCACCUGGUGUGCCUAGACCCUGAGCUGGAGAAGGCUCCCGAGGGCAAGUGGAGCUGUCCGCACUGUGAGAAGGAGGGCAUCCAGUGGGAGCCGAAGGACGAAGAUGAUGAGGAGGAGGAGGCCGGCUGUGAGGAGGAGGAGGACGAUCACAUGGAGUUCUGCCGCGUGUGCAAGGAUGGUGGCGAGCUGCUCUGCUGUGACGCCUGCCCGUCCUCCUACCACCUGCACUGCCUCAACCCGCCGCUGCCCGAGAUUCCAAACGGUGAAUGGCUCUGCCCGCGCUGUACUUGUCCCCCACUGAAGGGCAAAGUCCAGCGGAUUCUACACUGGAAGUGGACGGAGCCCCCGGCACCCUUUGUGGUCGGGCUGCCAGGACCUGACAUAGAGCCGGGAAUGCCUCCGCCCAAGCCCCUGGAGGGCAUCCCCGAGAGGGAGUUCUUUGUCAAGUGGGCCGGGCUCUCCUACUGGCACUGCUCCUGGGUGAAGGAGCUGCAGCUGGAGCUGUACCACACCGUGAUGUACCGCAACUACCAAAGAAAGAAUGACAUGGACGAGCCGCCACCCUUCGAUUAUGGCUCUGGCGAUGAGGAUGGCAAGAGCGAGAAGAGGAGGAACAAGGACCCGCUCUACGCCAAGAUGGAGGAGCGCUUCUACCGCUAUGGCAUCAAACCCGAGUGGAUGAUGAUCCACCGCAUCCUGAACCACAGCUUUGACAAGAAGGGGGACGUGCACUACCUGAUCAAGUGGAAAGACCUGCCCUACGACCAGUGCACCUGGGAGAUCGACGACAUCGACAUCCCCUACUAUGACACUCUGAAGCAGGCCUACUGGGGCCACAGGGAGUUGAUGCUGGGGGAGGAUGCCAGGCUGCCCAAGAGGCUCAUCAAGAAGGGCAAGAAGCUGAAGGACGACAAACAAGAGAAGCCGCCCGACACACCCAUUGUGGAUCCCACCGUCAAGUUCGACAAGCAGCCAUGGUACAUCGAUGCCACCGGCGGCACACUGCACCCGUACCAGCUGGAGGGCCUCAACUGGCUGCGCUUCUCCUGGGCUCAGGGCACCGACACCAUCCUGGCUGAUGAGAUGGGUCUGGGCAAGACGGUGCAGACCAUCGUGUUCCUCUACUCCUUGUAUAAGGAGGGCCACUCCAAGGGACCCUAUCUGGUCAGCGCGCCCCUGUCCACCAUCAUCAACUGGGAGCGCGAGUUCGAGAUGUGGGCGCCGGAUUUCUACGUGGUCACUUACACGGGAGACAAGGAGAGCCGCUCCGUGAUCCGCGAGAAUGAGUUCUCCUUCGAGGACAAUGCCAUUCGGAGUGGGAAGAAGGUGUUCCGCAUGAAGAAAGAAGUGCAGAUCAAAUUCCACGUCCUCCUCACCUCCUAUGAGCUCAUCACCAUUGACCAGGCCAUCCUGGGUUCCAUCGAGUGGGCCUGCCUCGUGGUGGAUGAGGCCCACCGGCUCAAGAACAACCAGUCCAAGUUCUUCAGGGUCCUGAACAGCUACAAGAUCGAUUACAAGCUGCUGCUGACAGGGACCCCUCUUCAGAACAACCUGGAGGAGCUUUUUCAUCUCCUCAACUUCCUCACCCCCGAGAGGUUCAACAACCUGGAGGGCUUCCUGGAGGAGUUUGCAGACAUCUCUAAGGAGGACCAGAUCAAGAAGCUGCACGACUUGCUGGGGCCACACAUGCUGCGGCGGCUCAAGGCGGAUGUGUUCAAGAACAUGCCGGCCAAGACCGAGCUCAUUGUGCGCGUGGAGUUGAGCCAGAUGCAGAAGAAGUACUACAAGUUUAUCCUCACUCGGAACUUCGAGGCGCUGAACUCCAAGGGGGGUGGGAACCAGGUGUCUCUGCUGAACAUCAUGAUGGACCUGAAGAAGUGCUGCAACCACCCCUACCUCUUCCCUGUGGCUGCUGUGGAAGCCCCUGUCCUGCCCAACGGCUCCUAUGAUGGCAGUUCCCUGGUCAAGUCCUCAGGGAAACUCAUGCUGUUGCAGAAGAUGCUGAAGAAACUGAGGGACGAGGGGCACCGAGUACUCAUCUUCUCCCAGAUGACCAAGAUGCUGGAUCUGCUGGAGGACUUCCUGGAGUAUGAGGGCUACAAGUACGAGCGGAUUGAUGGUGGCAUCACUGGGGGUCUCCGGCAGGAGGCGAUCGACAGAUUCAAUGCCCCUGGGGCCCAGCAGUUCUGCUUCCUCCUGUCCACCCGGGCGGGUGGCCUGGGCAUCAACCUGGCCACAGCAGACACCGUCAUCAUCUAUGACUCGGACUGGAACCCGCACAAUGAUAUCCAGGCCUUUAGCCGCGCCCACCGCAUUGGGCAGAACAAGAAGGUGAUGAUCUACCGCUUCGUGACACGGGCCUCGGUGGAGGAGCGCAUCACACAGGUGGCCAAGCGCAAGAUGAUGCUGACGCACCUGGUCGUGAGGCCCGGCCUGGGUUCCAAGUCGGGCUCCAUGACCAAGCAGGAGCUGGACGACAUCCUCAAGUUCGGAACCGAGGAGCUCUUCAAGGACGACGUGGAGGGCAUGAUGACCCAGGGUCAGAGGCCGGCCACACCCAUCCCUGACGUGCAGUCCUCCAGGGGCAGUGCGCUGGCCGCCGGCUCGAAGAAGAAGCACGGCAGCACCCCGCCAGGUGACAACAAGGACGUGGAGGACAGCAGCGUGAUCCACUAUGAUGAUGCAGCCAUCUCUAAGCUGCUGGACCGGAACCAGGACGCUACUGAUGACACAGAGCUGCAGAACAUGAACGAGUACCUGAGCUCCUUCAAGGUGGCGCAGUACGUGGUGCGCGAGGAGGACGGCGUGGAAGAGGUGGAGCGGGAGGUGAUCAAACAGGAGGAGAAUGUAGACCCUGACUACUGGGAGAAGCUGCUGCGGCACCACUACGAGCAGCAGCAGGAGGACCUGGCCCGCAACCUGGGCAAGGGCAAGCGCAUCCGGAAGCAGGUCAACUACAACGACGCCUCCCAGGAGGACCAGGAGUGGCAGGACGAGCUCUCGGACAACCAGUCUGAGUACUCCAUUGGCUCUGAGGACGAGGACGAGGACUUCGAGGAGCGGCCGGAGGGCCAGAGUGGACGGCGACAAUCCAGGAGGCAGCUCAAGAGUGACAGAGACAAGCCCCUGCCGCCUCUGCUUGCUCGAGUUGGUGGCAACAUUGAGGUGCUGGGCUUCAAUGCGCGGCAGAGGAAGGCCUUCCUGAACGCCAUCAUGCGCUGGGGCAUGCCGCCCCAGGACGCCUUCAACUCCCACUGGCUGGUGCGGGAUCUGCGCGGGAAGAGUGAGAAGGAGUUCAGAGCCUAUGUGUCCCUCUUCAUGCGACACCUGUGCGAGCCUGGGGCCGACGGCGCAGAGACCUUCGCAGACGGCGUGCCGCGGGAGGGGCUGUCUCGGCAGCACGUGCUCACGCGCAUCGGGGUGAUGUCACUGGUUAGGAAGAAGGUCCAGGAGUUCGAGCACGUCAAUGGGAAGUACAGCACCCCGGACCUGGUCCCCGAGGGGCCCGAGGGCAAGAAGCCAGGCGAGGUCGUCUCCUCAGACCCCAACACGCCGGUGCCUGCCAGCCCCGCUCACCUGCCGCCUGCCCCACUGGGCCUGCCAGACAAAGUGGAUGCCCCACUGGGCUGUGGAGAUGAGAAGGAGUCAGGGCUGCAGAAGUUAAAGAAGCCCCUGGAAGUCCAGACCCUGCCAACUGCCCUGGACAGAGUGGAGGGGGAGGACAAGCAGGAGAGCAUGGACAGCAAAGACAGAGCCCGAGAUGAGCGGCCGGAGGAGAUGGAGAAGGCUCAGGCCUCUCCGGAGCAGCUGCCCAAAGAGGAGGCACCCCCCGAGAAGGAGACGGCCCCGGACAAGCUGGACCUCAGCCUCAGUCACAGCAGAGCGGACGGCGGGGACUUUAGGCCAGAUGACACCAAGGCUGAUGAGAAGGAGGCCACUGAGACACAGCAGAAUGGUGACAGAGAGGAAGACGAGGAGGGCAAGAAUGGGAAAUUCAAAUUCAUGUUCAACAUUGCAGAUGGUGGCUUCACAGAGCUGCACACGUUGUGGCAGAAUGAGGAGCGGGCUGCAGUGUCCUCGGGAAAAAUCUAUGACAUCUGGCACCGACGCCAUGACUACUGGCUGCUGGCAGGCAUUGUGACGCACGGCUACGCCCGCUGGCAGGAUAUCCAGAACGACCCCAGAUACCUGAUCCUCAACGAGCCCUUCAAGUCUGAGAUCCACAAGGGCAACUACCUGGAGAUGAAAAACAAGUUCCUGGCCCGCAGGUUCAAGCUGUUGGAGCAGGCGCUGGUCAUUGAGGAGCAGCUGCGGAGGGCCGCAUACCUCAACAUGACCCAGGACCCCAACCACCCGGCCAUGGCCCUCAACGCCCGCCUGGCUGAGGUGGAGUGCCUGGCCGAGAGCCACCAGCACCUGUCCAAGGAGUCCCUGGCCGGAAACAAGCCGGCCAACGCCGUACUGCACAAGGUACUUAACCAGCUGGAGGAGCUGCUGAGCGACAUGAAGGCAGAUGUGACACGCUUGCCCUCCAUGCUGUCCCGCAUCCCCCCGGUGGCCGCCCGCCUGCAGAUGUCUGAGCGCAGCAUCCUGAGCCGCCUGACCAACCGUGCCGGGGACCCCACCAUCCAGCAGACAUCUAGCCGCCCCCGCAGCGUCCCCCCGUCGCAGCGCUGUUUUCCAGCCCAGCCACGCUUGCUGGGCCACCUGCGCGACCCCCACGGGAGAGAAAAGCUGCCAACUUGCAGGAGCCGGUGCCACUUCGGGACAAAAAGGGAAACCGAGUGAUGCUGUCACCUGGAGGACGAGGCCCAGCCCGGCCAAAGUCCAGAAGUGCCAUCUCUUAAUUCAAGUAUUCUUCCAUGUGGCCUGUACCCAUGGCCACGCGGAUGUGCCCUUCCACCCCUCUCAG